AUGGCAAAAUUGCUCGUUGUCAUUGGAGCCACUGGCACGCAGGGCUCCUCCGUCCUCAAGGCUUUCCUCGGACGACCGGGUGUCAAGUUGAGGGGAGUGACCCGCAACCGCGACGGGCCACAGAGCAAGUUCUGGGAAGACAAAGGCGUGGAAAUGGUCCAAGCCGACAUCGCAGAUGCCGAUGCGCUCCAGGCAGCGGUGCAAGGAGCCAGUAUUGUCUUCGCCAACACUGCGUAUCCCUCGCAAAUGGCGAUGCAGCCUCAGAUGCAGCAACGAGCAUACGAGGUGGAGCUCCAGCAUGGCAGAGAUAUCGUCGACGCCGUAUCCCGGGUAGAGACACUGGAGCUGUUCAUCUGGUCGUCCCUGUCCGCCGCUUCGAAGCACAGUGGAGGCACAUAUCGAAAGGUCUGGCAUUUUGGCUCCAAAGCGCGGGUGGUGGACUAUAUCCAGGAGGUGCAUCCACGCCUUGCGGCGAAGAUGUCGAUUCUUCAGAUGGGGCUUUUUGUCGACAAUUGGAUGCAUGGUCCAAUCUUUGUGCCGUGGGAGAAGGCGUCAGAUGAGUCCAAAAUGCUUAGAAUCCCCGGCGAUGGAGAUUGUCCGAUUCCGUUCGCUGUUCCCCAAGACGCUGGGAAAUACGUCCUCGCUCUGAUGAAUCUGCCCGUCAAAACCAAUUUGCUCGCCUUUAGUGACAGGAUCACUUGGGAAGAAUACGUAGCUCUGUGGAGUAAGAUCACCGGAGUUUCUGCGAAGUUGAUCAGGACGAGUGUUGCCGAACAUUCCAGAUUGGACAGGAACAGGGGAUUUGCAGAAGAGAUUGGAGAAAUGUACGGCUACUUGGGUGACUUUGGCUAUCAUGGCGGCGAUCCUUCCGUCACGUUUUCUGCGACUGUCCAGAUGGAACUGUCACCCACGAGCCUUGAAGAUUACAUCCGCAACGAGGACUGGUCUCCUUUGCUUUCCCGCUGA